UUACUGGCAAACAGAUGUAUGUCGUCAACUCGCCACAUUCGCUCCUUUCUCCGGGAGGAGGGCACCAAAACCUCCACCGUUCGGAUGGAACUCGCGGUGGCGGCGGUCGAGAUGGACGUACAGAACCCAUGACGACCCGGAUACAACUUUGUGGCACUUUUAACUGCUUUACGACGCUCUUUUCUGAGGCCUUUUGAGUUUUUGGCGUGAUUUCCCUGCCCGGCUGCAGGGGCGGUAGCUGAAAAAGCCCACCGUCAAUGCGCACCCGGGCGAGGACGAGCUCCAACGCGGAGAAUAUGAUCGCAUCCAAAGUUUAAAGACAUACUAAAGAGGAAGGAAAAGUCCCUCCUAGUUGGAAUUCGACGUUAUGAAAAUGACCGGAGCCAUGGAAAGUUCUUUCAAGCUGGCGCUGAGGAAGCCGCCCGCCUUGCGGACGGCAGAGGACCUGCACACCAUCUACUGCCACCUGUACCACAUGGAUGUCCUCUCUCACCUCAGGGAGCACCAGCUAAGGUCCAUGUGCACCUCGGCCAGGUAUGAGAGACACGAGGCCAACCACAUCCUCUUCUAUCCUGACAGCAUUGCCAGCUGUUGGUACGUCCUGCUCUCUGGGUCCGUCUUCGUCAAGGAGCACAUGUACCUGGCCAGGUGCUGUUUCGGCAAGCAGCUGGGGGGCCGGCGAGGCUGCGAAUGCAUCACGUUGGAGCCGUCAGAAAUGAUCGUGGUGGACAACGGCGGCGAGGGCGACGACGGCUUCCUGCAUCGGGACGGCUCGCAGCGACGGUCCCGCCGGCGCUUCCGCAGGAUCAACCCCAAGGGUGAGCGGGAGCUGAUCACGGACGGCCAAGAACCCGCCGGAUACAAGGAUCAUCUCAACAACCAGCUUCCUGCCGACCUCAAUAAGAUGCAUUUGACGGACCACGCCCACCAGCAGGUGAUGCACGUGCCCGCCAGCCAGUCGGGCUGCAGCAUCGCCAGCGACUCGGGCAGCAGCAGCCUGUCGGACAUCUACCAGGCCACAGAGAGCGAACCGGGCGACGUGGACCUGUCCGGCCUUCCCGAGGCUCCCGUGGACAGCGAGGAGGAGGAAGAGGAGGAUGAGGACCUGGAGAGAGCCUCGGAUGCGCUGCUGGGCCGAGACCUUGUGCGCGAGUGUCUGGAAAAAGACCCGGCCGACCGCAACGACGACGACAUCGAGCAACUGCUCGAGUUUAUGCACCAGCUGCCAGCCUUCGCCAACAUGACCAUGUCGGUGCGUCGGGAGCUGUGCAGCGUGAUGGUGUUCGAGGUGGUCGAGCAGGCCGGCACCGUCAUUCUGCACGACAAGCAGGAGCUGGACCUGUGGUACGUCAUCCUGAACGGGGCGGUGGAGAUCGGUCGCCCCGAGGGCAGGGCGGAGAUGUUGUGCAUGGGCAACAGCUUCGGUAUCUCGGCCUCGCUGGAAAAGCAGUACAUGAACGGGGAGGUGCGCACCAAAGGGGACGACUGCCAGUUGGUCUGCAUCGCCCAGGAGGACUACUGGCGCAUCCUCAACCACGUGGAGAAGAACACGCACAAGGUGGAGGAGGAGGGCGAGAUCGUCAUGGUGAAGGAGCACCGAGAGCUGGACAGAAGCGGCACCCGCAAGGGACACAUUGUCAUCAAGGGGACCCCCGAGCGCCUGAUCAUGCACCUGGUGGAGGAGCCCUCAGUGGUGGACCCCACCUACAUCGAGGACUUCCUGCUCACUUACCGCACCUUCGUGUCCAGCCCCCUGGAGGUGGGCAAGAAGCUGCUGGACUGGUUCCAGAUGGACACGCUCAGAGACACGGUGACACGUAUCGUGCUGCUGUGGGUCAACAACCACUUCAACGACUUUGAGGGCAACACGGCCAUGACGCGCUUCCUGGAAGACUUUGAGAAGCUGCUGGAGGCCGCGAAAAUGAAAGGCCACCUGCGGCUCCUCAAUAUCGCCUGCGCCGCCAAGGCCAAGUGGCGGCAGAUCACGCUGCAAAAGGCCUCGCGCGAAUCGCCGCUCUACUUCAGCGUGCUGGGCGGCAGCGAGCGCGGCUUCGGCAUCUUCGUCGAGUCGGUGGAGGACGGCAGCAAGGCGGCCGAGGCGGGACUCAAACGCGGAGACCAGAUCAUGGAGAUCAACGGUCAGAACUUUGAGAACAUCUCUUUUUCCAAGGCCGUGGACAUCUUGAGGAACAACACGCACUUGUCCCUCACGGUCAAGACCAACAUAUUCGUCUUUAAAGAGCUGCUGAGCCGGAUCACGCAUGAGAAGAAGAACGGUGGGCCGCACCUUCCCAAGAUCCAGGAGAAAAAGGGCAAUCGCUUUUCAAUCCCGGACCUGCCCGGCGACAUGGAGUUCGCCAGCGACCACAAAGCCACGCGCAAGAUGAAGGCCAACACGGUGUCCGGCGGCCGCAACAAGAUCCGCAAGAUGCUGGAGAAGACGCGCUUCAGCAUCCUGCCCCCCAAGCCUUUCAGGGGCCUAUUUGGUGACGGCGGCAUGGGUCAGUCGCAGGACGACAGCAUCGUGGGGACCAAACAGUGUCGGCACAGCGUGGCCGUCAUGCCCAUCCCGGGCAGCCUGUCGUCAAGCAGCCCGGACCUCCUCCAGCCCGCCACCAGCGUCCUGGACUUCUCCAACCCGGCAGCGCUGGGACUGUACUACAUCCCGGACCAGGUGAUCCGUGUGUUUAAGGCUGACCAGCAGAGCUGCUACAUCAUCAUUAGCAAGGACACCACCGCCAAGGAUGUGGUGGCGCACGCCGUCAACGAGUUCGGACUGACGCCGGCCGCCGAGAACUACUCGCUGUGCGAGGUGUCCGUCAGCCCCGAGGGCGUCAUCAAGCAGCGCCGCCUGCCCGACCAGCUCUCCAAGCUGGCCGACCGCAUUCAGCUGAACGGCAGGUACUACCUGAAGAACAACAUGGAGACGGAGACACUGUGUUCCGACGAGGACGCCCAGGACCUGCUGCGCGAGAGUCACAUCUCGCUGCUGCAGCUCAGCACCAUGGAGGUGGCCGCCCAACUCUCCAUGCGCGACUUUGAGCUCUUCCGGAACAUCGAGUCCACCGAGUACGUGGACGACCUGUUCAAGCUGGACUCGGCGGCGGGCGGCGGCCACCUGAAGCGCUUCGAGGAGGUCAUCAACCAGGAGACCUUCUGGGUGGCCACCGAGAUCCUGAAGGAGCCCAACGCCCUCAAGAGGAUGAAGACCGUCAAGCACUUUGUCAAGAUUGCCCUGCACUGCCAAGAGUGCAAGAACUUCAACUCCAUGUUCGCCAUCAUCAGCGGUUUGAACUUGGCCCCGGUGGCUCGCCUGCGCAGCUCGUGGGAGAAGCUGCCCAGCAAAUACGACAAACUUUUCGGGGACCUGCAGGACGUCUUUGACCCGUCACGCAACAUGGCCAAGUACCGCAACGUCCUGAGCGGCCAGAGCAUGCAGCCGCCCGUCAUCCCGCUCUUCCCCGUGGUCAAGAAGGACCUCACGUUCCUGCACGAAGGCAACGACUCAACGGUGGACGGCCUGGUGAACUUCGAGAAGCUGCGGAUGAUCGCCAAGGAGAUCCGACACGUGGUCCGGAUGACGUCGGCCAACAUGGACCCCGCCCUGAUGUUUAGACAACGGAAGAAGAGGUGGAAGAGUUUAGGGUCCCUGAGUCAGGGCAGCACCAACUCCAACAUGCUGGACGUGCAGGGCGGCGGGCACAAGAAGCGCGUGCGCCGCAGUUCACUGCUCAAUGCCAAGAAGCUCUACGAGGAUGCGCAAAUGGCCCGCAAGGUCAAGCAGUACCUGUCCAACCUGGCGGUGGAAACGGACGAGGACAAGCACCAGGUCAUGUCGUUGCAGUGCGAGCCCGCCUACACCACCAUUUCGAAAAACCUGAGCGACCGGCGGUCCAAUAAGUCGGACAUGUCGCCUGUGUCGCUGCGGUCGGCGUUGCCGUCGGGGAAGACCCAGAACCGGGUGUCGCAGGUGCUUCAAGUGCAGGUGCCGCUCAACCCGCUGCGCAAGAAGAGCACCGCCAAGGACGUGGGCCCGCCCAACUUCAGCUCCCCUCAGGUGGUCAAGAAGCCCCCCGCCAGUUCAGCGGACGAGUGGAGCACCAAGAGGCCCUCGGACGACACCGUGUCCACCAUCUCGUCCCUGCACUCCAGCCCCACCGUGUCGCCGCAGGGCUCGCCGCGCAAAGGCCCUUCGGCCAAAGCCCAGACCUGCUCCAGCCAGAUGAACCUGUCCGGCUCGUCGUCGUCAUUAACGAGCGAGGCCAGCACCAAAGCGAGCACCGUCAGCCUGCGCAGCUACGGCAUAGGUUACGCGCUGCUCCCUCCGGGCAAAACGGACAACCUGUCCGACUCCAGCCACAGCGAGAUCUCGUCUCGCUCCAGCAUUUGCUCCGUAGACUCGGUGCCCGCUCCAGGUCUGGAGGAACGGUGUAACAGCAUCGGUGCCAGGACGUCCGUGGCGUCUGCCACUGCUGCCCCCAAUGUACCGGCCGGCGUGCCGACGCCCGAGAGCUCGGCGGCCACGCACUUGAAUGUGGACUACAGCCAGCCCAGCACCAGCUCUCCUUCUUCUGCGGCGGCGGCCGCAUUUUCAACUCGGGGCUAUGCCGCACGAGGCUCCACCUUCACGUCGUCCACCUCCACGGAGGAGCUGACACCCGACCUGGCCUCCCUGGACUCGGUGGCCGACAGCGGGCGCGGCAGCUGGACGUCAUGCUCCUCGAACUCUCACGACUCCUUCCAGAGCUUGCCCGCUUCCUCCUGCCGCCCAUGGGACCACGGCGUCCACGGGCACCCGCUGGCGCUUGCUCAUCGGCUGGCCAGCACGACCAUUGCUGAGGCGGAUGCCGCCCGCGACUCGGAGCUGGCCAAGCAGUCGCGGCAGAGCUGGGCGUCGUCCGGCUCCUUGUCGGAUACGUAUGAGGGGAAUUACGGCACCGUGAAGCGGAGGAACACCGCCGAGCAGCAGCAGAUACCGCCUGGGUCCGGCUCGUCGGCCUCGCCGACCAAUGACGAGGGAGUGCAGAGCACAGACCCCGCCUACAAAACGGUGACAUCCAGCACGGAAAAGGGGCUCAUAGUUUACUGCAUCACCUCCCCCGCCAAGGAUGAGCGUUACCGAGCUCCUCCUCCCACCCCUCCAGGCUAUCAGGGUCUGGCCCUGGGUGACAUCAAAGAUGGAAGCAAUGGCCCCGUGGUGGUCGCCGUGGGGGCGGGGCCACCCAUGAGGCCUCCCCACCUCAAACCACCUGACUAUAGCGUGGCCAUGCAAAGGAGCAAACUACUGCAGAGUCCGGGAGCCGCCGGGAGCCUGGCGGAGGCCCGGAGGCUUGCCGGCAGAACACGUGACAUGAACGACAGCGAGGACGACGAACAAGUUUCCGCCGUGUAGAUGAGUGGAUAUCCGGGCUGUGCACUAUGGCCUGGUACAAUUUUGACCACCUCCUGGAACACGUGCCUGCUUGACUAAAAACUUCUGACCUUGGGGGAGGGGGGGGGGGGAUCAUUUGAAUUUUGCACCUCGGAACUAGCGCCACGUUUUACUUGGGACGAGAUGGCCAGCAGAAGGAUCCCAGAAUCAUGUGCGGGACUUUUGUCAUGCUUUUUCGCCGAGACCUCUCCAAGCGCCCCUCUCCUCCCCUCCUUCCCCCUGAAACUCGUGCCUGCUUCACUUGAAAAGAAACUUUUUAAAGACUUCAGACCAGGAAAAGAAAGACAACAGUUGAAUCCUUUUUAAGCUUUUAUUAUUAUAUUUGUUUUUUUUUUACCAUUUUAACUUUGCACCACAUUUUCCUCGGGACAAGAUGGUGUAAGGAAGGAGGUAAGGCGGCUUGUGGAGCACUUACUGUUCUCGGGGGGAAACAAAAUGGCCGCCUCCUGAAGCUAGCUAUUCAAACGGCGUGUUACCUCCUGGACUAGGGGGAAAAAAAUAUUCAAAGUAAUGCUUAUUUUAAAAGCGCAAACAAUUAGGGGGUAAAGGGGAUGUUUUGUUUACAGUGUUGAUUGGAUGAGCGUGCUAGCCCCGCCCCCUUUCUAUUGAAAUGGCAGCCAAACAGGAGGUGCGUCUCCAUUCCCGUGUUCACCGUAUACAAAAGCGAUUGGUCUUCCCAAUGUCCGCUCCGUUAGCAUUGUUCGGAAGACUUGAAAUGCUAACAUAUUUGCAAAUGUAUAAAUACAUGAAUGGAUACGUGUAUAUAUAUUAUUAUUUUUUGUUGUUGGUUUUGCCGUAAAUUAAUGAUGGUGUAUAGAUGACAUACUGUGGAAUAUUUUUGAAUAUUUUGUUCUAAAAAACAUUUUCGUUUUUUUUUUUUUUUUUUUUGCUGGCUCCUCGCUGGUGCGUUUCAUAGCCAUGUAGAUGCUGCUGUGUGCGUGUGUGUGUGUGCGUGCGUGCGUGCGUGCGUGUGUGCGUGCGCGUGCGUGUGUGUGUGUGUGUGUGUGUGUGAAUAGGGAUGUCUUUUUAUUGCUUUAUUUAUCUCACAAAAUAUAACAAUAGGUAUUGACCCCCAUGCCGGGUUUCCUGGAUCUCAGGCUCCAUUGAGUUUCUUCGGCGCCUGUGUUAGUUGACAAGGAUGCCUUGUUUGUCUCCUACCCCCUGUUAGCACUCCUCGGCCCCUCAUGGCUCUACUCAGCCUCCGUUUUGUCACUUGUUCUUGGACCUCGCAAGGCCCUCCAGUGGGUGUCUCCUUAAAUCUGGUCACCUUCUUUGUCAUAUUAACCCCCCUGUGAUUCCUUGUGGAUCUCCACUCGGACUCUGAGUGGGUCAUAGACCUUUGACAUGCCCUCUCGGCCCCCAGUAGGUCCUCUUUUGGAUGUCCAGGUCUCCUGGACCUCUUACAUGUGUUCUAUAUGUUGUCCCAACACUUCUGAAAGCAUCUUUUGUUACAUAAAGCCCACCUGACCCUACACAGUAAGCCACCUGGACCGCUCACAGGUCCUCGUGGCACCCUCCGCCUACUUUUAGGUCAACCGGAUCUUGGUUUGAUCCUCUGCACGGACUGAGUCAUCAUUUUGACGCUUUCUUCCUUUUUUUGCACAGCUCCACUCCUGACGUUCAAAACCACGUUUCAGUAUUAGCCCCCCUCAAGUGUGUAGUUGUUCUGUACAAAGUCACUUGACAAUUUUAAAACUUCUCUUGAGUUUUCCCAACCCUCCAUUUGCCCCCCGCCUCCCCACACACAACAUACACUCCCACUAGAAUGCAAUAACCGAUGUGAAUGAGAAGCGAUGACGAGGAUGCACUGUAAGCUGUAAAAGUGAUUUUGCCACACAAAUAACGUCCCGUAUGUGUGUACAAGUGGCACUCGUCUCGUUGCUGUUUUUUAUGUCUUUUACAAAGACGACUCCAUUUUGGCCUCGUACGCAUUGUAUAUGUCUAUUUUUUACCAGUGGAUUGUACAUAGUUGUUCUAUUUUUGUUUAAGAGGGUGUGUACAAAGGAUUUAAAACAAAGAAGAAAGGACAUUUUAUUUCCUUUUAAGUCUACUGAUAAUAAUUUGGACAAUGAAUAAAAUCCUGAAAUGGAAA